AGUUCACUUCAUACAUCUCAAAACCCAAAUAAUGUAAAUUUUAUUUUAAACAAAGAUUGUCACAUAUAAUAAAAAAUAAUAAUAUAUCAUCAAUACAUCAUCAAAAAAAUUUAUUCUAAUCAAACACAUUAAUAACAACUGCUUAGGUCUAUAUCAAAUCGUUGGAGGCAUUCACCGUUUGCAGUAAUGGACAUGGAACCUGUUGUUAAAUCAGACUUGUUGUCAAAAUCAGCUGAACUAGAAGUUAGAAAGCGUGCAUCUUCUUCAAAACACACAAAGAUGGAAAUGGAAUAUGCAUCUAAAUCAGAAUAUUCCGCAAGGUUAUCUGAGGCAGACGUUAAGAAGCGUUCUCAUUCCACCAAACACACCAAUAAUGCAUCUAGUACUGCCGUCUUGGAGCCACCAAGUCAUGAUUCUGUUAAAGUUAAUCGUAAAUAUUCGUCUGAAUAUCCACGUUCGCCAUCGCGCUCCCACACUAAACGACGACGUAUAUAUGUUGGUGACCGCAUGGAGUAUAGUUUAUCGUAUCGGCCAUCGCACUCAUCUGUACGUGCACAACCACAUGAUCCAGUUCCCAAUAAAGUUUUGGGUAUUUUUGGGUUAGGUUCUGAAUCAUGUGAAUCGAGUAUACGACGCGCAUUUGAAAAAUUUGGUGAGGUGCUGGACGUGCAUUUGGUGGAGGAUACUCGUACAGGUAUUUUGCGCGGCUUUGGUUUUAUUUAUUUUAAACGCACAUGUGAUGCCAAGUACGCUGUGGAAAAUGGUUCUAACAUCCGUAUUAAUGGGCGAAAAGUACGCGUGGACUACAGUUUGACUAACCGGCCACAUAAAUCAACUCCUGGCAUUUACAUGGGUCGUAAGCAGCGUUUAACUAAAAGUAGACAUUAUCAUGAAAAUGAGUACUCCUUUAAACGUCGCUAUAGUUAUGAUGAGCGCAGUGAACGCGACCACAGACGUAGGUAUUGACAUGCUAUUAUCAACAGCCAAUAUACUUACUCGAUAAAAUUUGAAAAACAUUUAUUAAAAAACAUUUUUAAUUUUU